UUUUCAUCCCUUUAUUAUAAUUUUUAUUUUAUAUUUUUUCGUCCUCUUUCUAUCUUCACUGCAUCACCAUCUCCCAUGUGGAGAAGGACCGUGGCACCAUUCUAAUAAAAAAGGCGAAUUUGAGAAUUUUAUACCUUACAUUUUAAUAACUCUACCAUAUAAUGUCAUGUCUUAGAUGUGUUAAAGUCAUUAUGCAUUCACUUAGGAGCUUUUUUCAAAGACAAGACUCUGAAACUCUCCUAAGGAAGGAAUAUCGAGAGAAAGAAAUAGCCCUUGAAGAUAGGCAAUGACCUAGGAGAGACAAGGCCCCAAAUCAACAAGAUCUUGGAUCCUCGGUUUAGAUAGAAACAAAUAGAAGAAAUGGCGUAGACUACUUAAAUUCGUGUUUUAGCCUUUAAGAGCUUGUUUCUUAUUUUUGUUGGGCCUUAUAUUUCCACUUCUUCACAACACAUACAAACACCUUUGUUGGGGAUUUCUUGGUAACCCAAUACUGCUUGCAAAGUAUUUGACACACUGUCACAAAGCCAAAUAACUCUACUCCAGUGUUUGCUUGGAAGUUGAAGCAGAAUGACCUCCGAUUAUAAAGUGCGUUUAUGAGAAGACUAAUCAUGGUCAUGGGUGCUGAUUUUGGAGAUGAUUUACCGUUGGUGCUUGAUGCUCUAAGAGAGAAAUAUGGCGGAGAAUCACAUGAAUUUAACAAUGAUUACUUUUUUCUGUUGCUUCAGAAGAUAUAUUCAUGAAACAGUGGUGAAAAAUGUGAAGAAAACUCCUAUGAGAGGAAUUCGCCAGUCUGCUUGCCUUGCUGCGAAAUCAAAAGCUCAAGUUGGAGUAGUUAUUUCUGAAAAUCCUGCAGAAACAGUCUUGUUAAGAAGUGAUGAUGACAGUCCUGGACCUGCCGAAUUUCAAUCUUUCGCCAGGGUCAAGGAAUGCUCUAAAUCUCACGAAGAUAGUUGGAACGUGCAUGGCUUGGGAAACACACGCAGAAAAAAGGAUGUGGCUUUUUUGCUCAGAAAAGAAAGGCCGCUUCAGAAAACUAAACUUGCAAGUCCGGAGACUUUAAUGCUACUCCAAGGAAUCCCUGAUACUGGGCAGUUGCAGGUGUGUUCAGCCAUGGUGGCACCAUCCACACUUGUCAAACUCACGGUUUCUUCUUCGUCAAAUAUGUCUCUAAAUCACAGUGAAUAUCAAAGUAAAAAGUAGUAAGUAGCAACAAUGAUAAUCAAGUGAGGGAAAUCUCCUUGAUAAGUGGACUUUUGAGUUAGUCGUCUCCUUCUGCCUUUUGAGAUCUGCUGACACUGACCCAUGGUUUCUUUCACCUUGAUUGUCGCCUAAACUCGAGCUUAAUGAUUCGGGUUCAUCAGUCAAUCAGCAGAGGAGUUGAACUCAAACACACCAACCAAGUAGAGAGAGAAGUAUAGACAGGUGGACCAUGGGAUUUUCUUCAUGAGAACAAAGUUUGGUCAUCAACUCAUCACUGUAAGGAGAGAGACGGAGGUGCACCUCGGUGGUCCUACAAAUGGAGAGACAGAGAGAGAGAGAUGGACAAGGUUAUUUUUUAAUGAAAACUAGGAAUUGGAUCAUCAACUCAUGACUUAUACAUCGGAGUGGACCGUGGGAUUUGUUUAGUGUUUUGGAUCAUGAACUCAUCAUUAUAAGUAGCGCUAGAGAUGGAGAGAGAUGGACAAGGUUUUUAUAAUGAAAACAUGGAUUUUGGACCAUCAACUCAUUACUUACAUAGAGGAGUGGACCAUGGGAUUUGUUCAGUGUUUUGGACCAUGACCUCAUCACUAUAAGUAGGCGUGGCAAUGGGCUGGGCCAUAACUCGCUGUAGCCUAGCCCUAUUCCCUGGAGGCCCAAGUUUGGCCCUGGCCCUGAACGGGCAAGGAGCAGCGCAAAAUUAAAGAAAAAUGGUGUAAAAAAUAAUAAAAAUGGCUGGGCUGGCUGAACUGGGCCAUGCCUGACCUAGGCCCGGCCCUUAGGCCACAUUUUGUGGCCCAGGCCCUAUCAUGGCCAGGCUAGUU